GUGUACUGGGGUACUUCCUGUUUCAAAGUCCAGCUGAUAACAGUAAAUAGUGGAUAUGUUGUUGUGCAGGAGCUUUAUGAAUCAAAGUUUAUUUAUUUCACCGUAUCGUGAGAGAGUUUGAGCAACAGACAGACAUGCAGCCGUCUGUGGAGUCUCUGGUCCGACUGCUGGAGUCAUACAGAGGAAGGGAUAAAGUUAUCAGGACGGCCUGUUAUGGCUCGCAGCUGGUCGGAGGAGCCCUGUCCCGGAGAGCAGAAGCGGACAAUUCAUCCCAUCGUCUGGGAAAACGUCUUCUGCUGUUCUCCGCUCAGCUCAGCCACUGCCGCACGGUGCUGAGGCUGUUUGAUGAUCUGUCCAUGCUGGCCUACUCCAAGAGCUAUGGGUUCGGAGGAAAGGAGGAGGAUGCAGGCCUCCGCUGGUUAUCGGUGCUAAACAAUGUGGCCGACCAGCUGUACUACCCCUGUGAACACAUCGCCUGGGCUGCUGACGCUGAGCUGAUCAGAGUGAAGUCUGAUAAGUGGUGGGUGCUCAGUACGGUGCUGUGGGGAUCCUCGCUGCUGCUGGCAAUACUCAGAUCGCUUCGAGUUUUGAUGCUACUGAAGAAGACGUUAAACAGAUGUGAGAGCGAUGAUGGGGGCAACAGCAGUCCCUCUCAGCUCCGCAGGCAGAUGCGAGGGGAGAUUCUCAACAUCCUCAGCAGCACAGUUGACCUCAGUAAUGCCGUUCAUUGGAUGCCGCCCGGCUUCCUGUGGGCGGGUCGAUUCCCCCCCUGGCUGGUGGGGCUGAUGGGCACUAUCUCAUCUCUGGUUGGUUUGAUCCAGAUGAACACCGGAGACAGCGAGGAGACUGACAGCACAUAGUGUUCACUGCACUGUGAGGAACAGAGGACUGAAUGAAUGAUGUGAACUGAUGUAAAAUGAUGUAGUGAAAGGAUGUUUAGCAGAUCUUUAUCUAUGUGAUCAGAAUCUACUCUGAAUGUAAUAAGUAAGUAGAUCAGUAGACUUUUUGCCAAUCAUCCAAGUGCUUCAUCAGCUGUGAUCGAAAGCGUCUUUAGAAAGUGUCAGAAAUGAAUGAAUUAAUCAAUGAAAUGUGAAAUGUAUGUUAGUCGUUACUUACAGAUGUAUUUAAAUUUUCAGACAGCAGUAUUCAGAUCCUACAUUACAAUGAGUUCCUAAUGACGUUGGGGUUAAUUGGAGGCCACUCCAUGGUGUAAAAUGUAUGGGCUCAAGCACAUACGACCUCCUACUUACUGGGAUGAUAAUAGCUAAAAAUUGUUGCCUUAAAUAAUUAUACACUCCUUAUAACUCAUUUUCAAUCAUGCAUUGAUGAAUUAACCAAUUAAGUUGGCCAGUUGGAAUACUGAAAUUAAAAUGAUAUCCGUCUCUA